AUGAUGCCCCCCGCAAAGCCGGCUUCCAGCAGCGAAAUUUUGGAGAACCUGAACUCUUCGCAUAUUCUCACUGAGCCCAGCAAGACACAUUCUCUUCAAGUUGAAGGCCAGAAAGAAGACAGCCAGACUGCGGUCGAGGCAUCGACGGCGUACAGGAAGGACAUACGCUUCUGGGUCAUCGUGUUCGCGCUAUGCAUCACUUCUCUACUCGCUUCCCUAGAGACCACAGUGGUUGUGACCUCAUUGCCGACUAUUGUUGAGCGUUUGAAGUUUGGGAGCAGCUAUGUCUGGGUUGGCAACAUCUUCUUUCUCACCAGUGCGGCUGUCCAGCCUCUCUUUGGGCAGGUUUCCAAUCUUUUCGGCCGCAGAUAUCUCACGCUAUUCAUCGUAGCAAUCUACACUCUUGGCAGCGGAAUCUGCGGUGGCGCUAGUAGCCCGACGAUGCUCAUCGCUGGGCGAGCUGUGCAAGGCAUGGGAAGCGGUGGCAUAAACAUGAUCAUCGACAUCAUCAUCUCCGACCUCGUCCCACUUAGGGAUAGAGGUAAUUAUAUCGCCAUCAUCCUGGCAAUAUACGGGGUCGGCAUGGCAAUCGGACCGUUCGUGGGAGGCAUCAUCGUGCAAACUACUUCAUGGAGAUGGGUGUUCUACAUCAAUCUCCCAGUUGGCGGCCUCUCACUCGUUCUCCUCUAUCUUUUCCUUCACGUGAAAUGGGAUCGGACCGCCACCUUCAACGGCAAACUUCGCCGAAUCGACUACAUUGGCAACUCGAUCCUCAUCGCAUCUACAGUCUCCGUUCUCAUAGCCCUCACCUGGGGCGGCGAAAUCUACUCUUGGUCCUCUUACCGCGUCAUCAUCCCCCUCGUUCUCGGCCUUGUAGGCCUCGUUGCCUUCUGCAUCUUUGAGGGAUCAGGCAUCGUCCCGGAACCAGUGAUGCCUCUACGCCUCCUCGCGAACCGGACCUCCGCCAUUAUCUACGCGACCACCUUCCUCAAUUCCGCAAUUCUGUACUGGGCAUUCUUCUUCCUCCCGCUAUACUUUUCAGGCCGUGUUCAACUACUCCCCGUGACCUUGAUCUCCAUUCCGGGCGCCGCCAUCUCCGCCGUCGUCCUCGCACGAUGGGGCCGCUACAAAGCUCUCCACAUCGCAGGCUUUGCCCUCAUGACACUCGGUCUCGGCAUAUGGGCCGUCUUGGACAGGUACAGCAGCACAGCAGCCUGGGUCCUCGUACAAGUCGUCCCCGCCGUUGGCUCAGGCAUGCUUCUCAACACUCUGCUGCCAGCCUUCCAGGCAGGUCUUGCAGAAGCAGAUCAAGCUGCCGCGACGGCAAGCUGGUCAUUCAUCCGCAGUUUUGGGAGUAUCUGGGGCGUCGCUAUCCCCGCGGCCAUCUUCAACACGUAUACAUCGUCAUAUGCCGCGCAGAAGAUAGAUGACCCUGCGGCUCGGGGUAUUUUACAGCAUGGCAAUGCGUAUGCCAGCGCCACUAAAGCCUUUGUCGAGUCCUUCGAUGAGCCGACGAGAAGUCAGAUCAUUGAUGUAUUCACCGAGGCUAUGAGAAAGGUCUUUCUCAUCGCGAUUGCGUUCGGUGGCCUGGCUUUCUUAUUGAGCUUCUUGGAGAGAGAGGUUGAGCUGAGAAAAGAGCUGGAAACUGAGUUUGGUCUCGAGGAAAAGAAGAACGCUGACGGAAAUAAGGAUGCUGUCUAA